AUGGAGACUGACCACUAUGCUGCCUACCUGUCCAUCAUGGGUUCAACCUCAGACCUCUCUUCUGAUGAAGAGGAUCUUAACCAGGCUAUAAUGGCUAGUCUUGAGAGUCAUGCGUAUGUAGCCACAUUCUACUAACACUGAAAAUCAGCACAGGAAGUCCUCCUCAGUCUUGCAUCUCAAAUUGAUGCCACCCAGAGAUGUAGAUUCAACAUCAACAGUUCCUCAGUGCUGGAUGGUGCUCUUCGGGCCUUCAAGAGGCUGUCCUACAAUCCCAAGUAUCAGAUGAAUAUCAAGUUCUCUGAUGACUUGGGACUGAGUGAAGAGGCUGUGGACCUUGGUGGCCCAAGAAGGGAAUUCCUGCGUUUGCUUAUGGAAGCCCUUGCAGUGUCACCAAUGUUUGAGGGGAGGCCAGGGAGAUUGAACCUAGCAUUGGACAGCACAGCUUUAAGAGAGGAUCGAUAUUUUAUUGCUGGGCAGGCCAUUGCUGUAAGCCUGGUACAUGGCGGUCCUCCACCAGGAUUCUUUACACCAGCGCUGUACUCCCAUCUGGUUGGUGGCAGUUCCACGAUAAAGCCUGUUCUGGAAGACAUUGCUGAUGCGGACCUCUACGAGAAAGUAAAAAAGGUGUCUGAAAGUACGUAUUUUGAGGAUCUGAUGCGUGCCACGGAACCACUGCAAGAUUAUCUGGCAAAUGCUGGGUGUCUCAGGCCAUUAAAAUGCAUUGAAGACAGAGAUCUGUUGGUUCAAGAUAUUGUCAUGUUUCAGGUGGUCCACAGAGUCUCUGGGGCAUUUGAAAGAUUUAAAGAGGGACUGAAAACCCUUGGUGUCCUGGACGCCAUGAGGACGUACCCAGAGAGUUUUAGACCCUUGCUGAGCCAUCAACCACCUCCACUCACAGCCAACUCCAUGGAUCAGCUUUUCGAAAUUAGACUGUCUGUAGCGGGAAGCAACAAGAGAAUGGCAGAGGAACGUGUUGUGCCAUUUUGGAGAGUUUACUUGCUGGACAUUGAGGAGGAGGCCGGAGCCUCAAAGCUAAGCCAUGUCUUAGCCUUUGCAACUGGUGCAAGCAUCGUCCCACCAAUCGGCUUCUCUCCUCGACCAACAAUUGAUUUCCUACAUCACCAGUCUGUAAGCCCAGGACGCUGUUUGCCUAUGGCCAACACAUGCAUCAACUGUCUGAAGCUGCCACUUUGUGACACAUACACUGAUUUCAAAGACAGUAUGGACUAUGCAUUACAAAAUACUCAGGGUUUUGGUCGAGAGUAA